CCCCCCCCCCAUUCCACAGACAUACUCUUGUUGUUGCUGUGUGACAAUCGCCAAGGCAAAUAAACGGUAAUACGAGGAAGGAGUGAGAGAACGAGAGUGUGAGAGCGAAAGCAGAGGCGCACAUUGAGGGGAACUGCUCUGCUCCACUAAAUGCAUCCAAAAGCACGGGACGAUUAUGUCUCCACUUGAUACCAAAAAUAAACAAACAAAAUCAAUCAAUUAAUCAAUCUGAUUGAACAGAUUGCUCCACGCCCACUCAGCCCAAAACAUACCUAUACACACACACACACGCACACGCACACAAACCCAAACACAAACUCACACUCACGAGCGCUCACACACGAGUCAACGCCCACACGUCCACACCCAUUGAUUGGAGUGGCGGUGGUGGGAGGAAGGAGAGAAGAGCAAGCAAGCAAGCAAAAAAAAAGGAGCCAACAAAGUGAGAGUGGGAGAGAGCAACAGCAACAACAACAACAAGAAUUGGAACAACAAGAACAAACAUGUUCAAUUCACUUGCUCUGAUGCUCGCCUGCUGCGCACUUGCCGCCCUCUGUCUCGCCCACAAGGAUGGAGGAUCGACUGCAGAUGGAACGGGAACAGCCACAGAACUGAGCUCAUCCUCAUCCCCAUCCUCAUCAUCAUCAUCAUCAUCGUCAUCUCCCUCCCCAUCCGCAUCGCCAUCAAUGCCGUUUGCGACGGGACCUGGGAGCAGCACCAGCAAGCAAUUGAGCAGAUGCCGUCAAAGCUGCUAUCAGCAGUUUUCGAGGGACUGGCAUUAUUGUACGGAUUCCACUGAUUGCAGAAAUUGCUGGGAAAACUGUCAAAAGCAAUUGUCGCCCUUCGAGCUGAGGAUACACAGGGCCCAGCGACAGGGAGCACUCGUGCUCACCGACAUUGGCUGGGACGAGAUGAUAGCCAAUGCCUCGCGCCAGUGCCUGAUCACCUGGGAGGUGUCUGGGGGCGGUCUGAUAGGCAAUCUUCUGACGGACACCUCUCGUGCCGAGCUCUCCCUGUGGCCGGACACGGUCUACAAUAUACAGGUCACGUGUAAGCAUAAGCUUACUGGCAUGAUGCGACGCUCGAAGAAGCUCAACGUGGACACGCGCCAGCUGGUGGGCACCACCACAGAGGGCAACACCUCCACAGCAGCAACCACAUCAACGGAGCGUGGACAGCCAAAGAUGCAUGCCCAUCUCCAUCCCACGGACCGGGUGUACAUCAUCAGUGCUUUGCCAACAACGAGCCAACUGAGUGGCGUUGUCUAUCCGGCCUUUGGGGCGUUGGCCUUUUUCCUGUCGCUGUUGGUGAUGUUCCUGUUUUUGCGUCCGCAGCGCAAGCGUUUCCUUCUAGAUGCAGAUGCCACGGAAGCGGACACGGCCACGUUGAUCGGUGGACAUCGGAGUUCGUCGAGGAAUUCGCUGGACUCCUCGACGCUGCAUGUCUAAAGCCGGGGACGACGAGGAGGAGUGCCGAAAAUUGACAACUUGUAGUCGUAUAUAGAAUUAUAUGUCUGACUAUGUGAUAUUCUGCACACACACACACACACACACCCAUAAAAACCCCCCAAAAACCUGUAAAUACAACACUGCUAUAGGCCCCCAAGCAUUAUCUCAUGCAUUUAAUUAUAUCAAAACCAGAUCCAGAUACAAAUCAAGAGAUCGAAAGUCAAGCAACGUGCUCGCUCAAUUAAGUUUAAGUUUUACCUUUUACCACUUACCACUUACCUUUCUUAGAUCCUAAUGCCAAAAUCAAGCGCAAGUCAUACGAGUAUAUAGUAUAUGCUGCUAAUAUAUAGAGUACAUCGUUCAUGCAUUCAAACAAAAAA